CAACGCAAGCAAACCAUUUUUGAAAUUCCAAUUUUUUCUAUUCAUCGUUAAAUGCCACACAAGUUUUCAUCGAAUACUUUUAAAGUUUUUCAACGAUACCUUUCGCAAGCAAAGACUUCCGAAACGAGUUUAUCGUCAACCGACUUGUUUUUCAACCACACACUUUUUGACACGGAACGCUUGAUAGAAAGACUCAAGGGAGGAGGUUUCACCACUAGUCAGUCCGAGGUGGUCUGCGAUGCGCUGUUGCAACUUUGUAAUAAAACUAUGGAAGAAAGAGAUAAAACAGCAGCAAAUAAGGCAGAGCUUGCGACACUUCGUUCAGAACUGCAAAUUUUGGAAAAGACUGACAUAUAUAUUCUCAAGUCAGACGUACAGACUCUAGAGAAGAAGAUGGAGAUGCAGUGGGCAGAAAUAACAACGUCCAUGGAGCAUAUCGAAAAUAGAGUGAUCAAGAUGGUAAUAGCGUCGGCUGGUACAGCAGCUGCCAUCAUCCUCUUUGACUUGAAUAGAGAGAAAAGAAAACGUGUUGCAGAGCAACGUCGGUGAAGUUCUUCAUUCAUAUAUAUUAUAUAUAUAUGUGUGUGUGUGUG